UCUGGUGUCAUUACAAUGCCAUUUUUUAUUUUUGCAUCCAUAUUAAAGAGCAGUCAAUUAGCCUUGGUAGGGAUACAAAAAAAGUCCUUUGGAACUAUACAUUCAGCACUCUCUGUAGAAUGAUGCUGCCUCCUGGUAAUCAUCUGAUGUGACUCUUUUUCCCCCAUGAGGAAACUUAGGCCCAGAGCGGAUAAAUGAUUUCCCCAGAUUCACAUUGGUACUCAGUAGAAGAAAUGGAAUUCAAUAACAUGUCUUUGGAAAUCCAGUGUCUUUUUUUUUUUUUUUAAUGCACCCUGAGUUAGGUCUCACUUUAGUUGUGGGCAAGGUUUGUUAGCAAUCUGUUCUGAGAAAGGAGAAUGGGAGUAAGUUCCAUAGCUUGGGUAGAUUGCCUGAUAUCAAGAUGCAGGUGGUUGUUCUGAAAUCUGUGGAACAGGAUAAAUCACUCCUUUCUGGAACUAUUUCCUCAAUUAGGUGGGUUGUACUAGCAGGGAUUUGGAAUCUUGGGGGUCCAUGAAUUUUUUGAAAUAUAUUUGGGUACAUUUAUCUCAAUUUAAUUGAUUUCCAUCUCAAUCCUAUGCAUUUUACCUUAUGCAUUAAAAAAAACAACAACAACAACAACAACAAAAAAAACAUGAUUCUGCUGAGGAAUCCAUGGUGCAAAAAAGGUUAAGAACCUCUGUCUCAUUUGGCAGCUAGUUCGGUGACAUAAUGGACAGACUGAUGCGCCUACAGACGAGCAUUUAUGAAGCACCACUAUAUACCAGAUCUCCUCUGAUUUUUUUCCUUUUACUCUGAUUUUUCUCUCCCAACAUGAUACAUAAAGCAAUGUGCAUUAAAACUACACAUCAAAUUAAAUUAAAAAAAAAAAAGGAAACAAUAAUCAAAUAGGGACUCAGAUACUUCCUAACUCUAUGACUCUAGACAAGUCACCUUACGUGUCUGCCUCAGUUUCCUCAAGUGUAAGAUGGGAAUGGCAAUAGCAUCUACCUCCCAGGUUGUGAUGACGAAAUAAGAUAAAAUCUGUGGGGCACCUGCCCGGUAUAUAGUGGUGCUUCAUAAAUGCUCGUCUCCCUCCCCCAUCCCUCCUCCAAAGGAAGUGUUUUUAUCUCCGGGUUUCCGAGCACCUGUGGUUCGGCGAGUCACGUGUCGGUGAAUUGCACUGAUGUGAAUUUCAUUGAUUCAUUCACUCAUUUAGCCGCUCUGCGGGAAGCAAUGACGGCGCUUCCAGACGCUCUCUAAGGCCCCGGGCAGCCCUCGGAGUCCAAGUCGGGAGGGAUUUGGUGGUGAGCUCCUGCUCCGCGCCACGCCGUGCUCCGAGGGCUGCAGAGGGAGCCUCAGACAAGGGUCCCUGCCCCUCCUGGGCCAGCCUGACAGCUGCUCCUCCACCCGAGGCAGGGCCACCGCGAGGAUCCUCGGGCUCAGGUCUGCCCCGGGGAGGAGGGGAGGCGAGCCUCCCAGGCGCCCCCCGCCCCCGCGCGCCCGCCGCCCCCCCUCCCCACUCGGCUGCGGGAGCUCCGGCCAGCGAGGAUGCGAGGUGCUCAGGCUCCAUCCCCACAUGUCCGCCGCCGCCGCCGCCGCCCGGCUCAUCCCCAGCCAGCGCAGUCCCUGGAGCAGUGCCCUGGAGCACAGUCGGUUGUGCAAUCCCUGGUUAUCUUAGGGGCAAGCUCCACCCUAGGGCUUUCCUUUCCGAGCCCGAGUCAGAGUGACUCACCGUUCUGCACCAGAGGAAACCGGAGCAGCCGGGGGGCCGGAGCCGGAGCCGGAGCCCGAGCCCAGACCUCGCCUGCCCGCCCUGCCCUGCCCGGCUCCGAUGGCGUCUCCAGGAUAAGUAAAUGCAGAAUAUAUACACAAUAAAAUCACAGAGAUGGAGGGGAAGAGGGGAGUAGACAGCACGGAGUGAGAAGAGCCAAAUAAUAACACCCGGACGAAUGAAAGGCUUCUUGCAGACAGUGGCAGAGGGAAGGCAUUCCAGGGAUGGAGAACAGCAAGUGCAAAGGCACUCUGAUUUGGGAGAAGUGGUACCGGAAGGGAAGGACCCAGAGACUACACAGGCUGAACAGGAAAAUACAGAUGGCACAGAAGAAGCCCAGGAGAAUGGACAGCCCAUUGUGGCUGACUUCCUUACAGAGGAAAGGAGCAGGCUACAUGAAACGAUGUCACUCUUGGGACUGGAGACUUACUGCAACAGGAAACUCAGCCUCCAGGAUGCUCGGCAGAUCAGUUUUGACAGUAUGAAGAACUGGGCACCCCAAGUGCCCACUGAUUUGCCUUGGAGCUUCCUCAGAAAGCUCUUGGCUCUCAACUCAGAAGUCCGCAACACUACUUUGUUAUCGGACUUGCCCCAGGAUGACAGGACAGGUGAGAAGGAAACCCAGGUAGAUGAGCAGGAGAUAUACUGGGGUACCUCCGAGGACAUUUAUUCCCUCACUGAACUGGUGACGACCCCGGACGUGCCCCUGAAUCCCUUGGACCUCCUCUGUGCGCUUCUCCUUUGCUCGGACAGUUUCCUGCAGCAGGAGUUGCUGGUCAAGAUGUCUCUUUGCCAGUUUGCCCUCCCCGUUGUGUUGCCAGACUCGGAGACCCAAAACCACACCUUCCUGCUGUGGGCCCUGCGGGGCGUGAUGAGGACGUGGUGGUGGCAGUCCCCGGGGGGGCCCAGGACUUGGAGAGAGGAGAGUCUGGUGCUCACGAGGGUGCCGAUCAUCUCCUUUGCGCGCAUGGACAUCAGUAGCCACUCCAAGUCCCACCUCCUCAAUGCCGUCAUGAGCCCCUGUCACCACCAGCCCCAUGACUAUUUCUGCCACCGGGAGAUGCCGUCGGCGGCCAACGCGCGGGAGAUCGCGGACGGCUUGGUCGAGAUGUCCUGGUACUCCCCGGGCAGCAGCAGCAAAGAGAACCUGGACGUCUUCCCGGAGCCCGUCGCCUUCGCCAACCUGAGGGGCGAGAUCGGAAGUCACUGGCAGCAGUUCAAGCUUUUGACGGAGACGUCGGCGGCCGUUUUCAUUUUAACUGACAACAUUGGCCAGAAGGAGUACGAGCUGCUCUGCUCCCUGAGUGGGUCCACCACUCGCUAUUACCUCAUCCUGAGCCCCUACCGUGGCAAACGCAACGCCAACCUGAGGUUCCUGAACAAGCUGGUCUCGGUCCUUCAGAUCGACUACUCUCACGUCCUGGUGAAGGUCAGCAGCACGGACAGCAAGCGCCUCGUCAAGCGGCUCCAGGCCAUCGUGGUGAACGUCAUCAAGUCGGCGAGCAGGAAGGUGUCCCUGGAGGACAUGGCGGAAACGGCUCGGACCCUGGGCCUAAAAGUGGACGAGGAUUGCGAAGAGUGUCAGAAGGCGCGAGAGCGGGUGGAAAAGAUCACCCAGGACAUCCAGGACGUGGAGCUGUACAAGAGGGAGAAGCUCCGGUUACAGGGGGACCCUUGGAGAAGCAUCGCCCAGGUGGAGAAGGAGCUCUGCCGGCUGCAGCGGGCUGGCGACUCUUCUCCUGAGAAAUACAAGUCGGAGCUCCGGCAGCGGCUGCUGGCCCUAAGGAUGCACCAGAACCGCUACGAGCUGGGCGGGGGCAUGCAGGAAUUCAUUAAGGGAAUUGCUAACCCCUCCCUGGUGGAGAAGCAAUACUUCCUGGGCUGGAUGAAACUGAAGCUGGAAGAGAUGGCGAGGCAGGGCCGGCGGCAGCCCCCGGAGGCCCUCGCGCCCCUGGGACCCAAACACAGCCGGCCGGCAGAGCUCAGCGAGCAGCUCUGGCCCACUUCCUUGGGGGUCGAGCACUUCUUGAGGGAGAUGGGGCAGUUUUACGAAGCCGAGUGCUACCUCGUGGAGGCGGGGAAGAUGGCGGAGAGCCAGAAGCGGUUCACCCACUUUGUGGGCCUGGCCUCGGAGUUGGUCCUGAGCGGCUUUCCUCUGGAGCUGAUGGAUCGAGGCACCUGCUGCGUUCCCUUGCGGUGGGUGACGGGCAUCCUGAGGGAGCUUCAUGCCCGGCUGGAGGGCAGACCCCGACUGCUGGUGCUCUCGGUGCUGGGAGCAGAGGGCACGGGAAAAUCCACUCUGCUCAACACCAUGUUUGGGCUCCAGUUUGCCACCAGCAGGAGCUACAAACCCCACGGCACUUUCAUGCAGCUCAUUUCGGUGACGGAGGACUUCCGCCAGGACCUGGGCUGCGACUUCAUUCUGGUGAUCGACUCCGGGGGCUUGACGGGUGGGGCCGCGGCCGCCAGGGGGGAGAGGUAUGAGCUGGAGGUGUCCCUGGCCACUCUGGCCAUGGGGCUUAGCAACAUCACCGUGGUCAGCAUGGCUGAAACCAAGGACACCCCUCUUGCCGCCCUCCAUGCCUUUCUGAAGCUCGAAAAAUUGGGGCAUGUCCCCAACUGUCAACUUGUGUCCCAGGACCUCAGUGACGGGCCGGUCCCCAGACCCAACCCGAGAGACCGGAAGCAGCUGCUGGAACAACUGAAUGACCUGAGCAAAGCCGUAGCUGAGAUGGAGAAGCAGGACGAGGAGCGGGCCCUCUCGGACACGGUCUUGUGCGACCCCGAGAAGCACAUCUGGCACAUCCCGCGCUUGUGGCACGGCAUGCCCCCCAUGGCCCCCGUGAGCUUGGGCUAUUGUGAAGCCGUCUUUGAGUUAAAGAGAUGCCUCCUAGAGAACAUCAGAAACGGGGUGUGUCAUCAGCACAGGGACAUCGUACACCUGGUGGAGCUGGUGGGGCGGCUGUGAAGGCAGAGACCCCUGGAAAUGAGGGCUACUGACCAACCUGCUGGGAGGGACCUCUCCUCAAGGGUAAUGAAGAAUGAAGCUCGCCGUCCUGGAGAGACUUCCUGGAGAAAGAGCAGCUGCCGCCUGAGCCUGCUGGAGGACAAAGACUCGGGGAAAGAACAGAUCAGAAAGUUUGCAUCCUCCUAGGACCCGGUCCAGAGAACAAAGCUUCCAACCAACCAGCCAGUGCACGGAUGAGCACAGAGAGCGAGCGAGCAUCUUUAUCAGGAAUAUGGAACACCUCCAACGUCGCUGAUCUGAGGACCCCGAAUGCCCUGGGAAGGAAACACCCAAGCAGCGAUUUUCUUCUCUGGCGCAGGACCACAAGUGUGCCAUUUGAGGCUGCUCCCAGGUUGGCAGACGCUUCCUAAUGGCUAGCCCCUCCAUGCCGUCUCCUAGUGAAAUGGCGUGGGCUCACCCUGGACAGCCCUGCCUGUCCUAGCUGACUUUGAGUGCCCAGGAUGGGGUAGGGAGGGGAGAAGGAAUUGCGCACACAGAGCCCGGCAUGUCCCCCCUCCUCAGGGGAAGGUCAUUCUCUUGUCUGGGCAAGGGGUUCAGCAUGAAUGUUGCCUGUGGCUAGAAUGAACGGGAUUGCCACUUUGCUGACGCUGGCAUUUCUGCCAAGGGCCCACGGGGUACAAAGCACUUUAUUUAUUGACUUCUCUGCUAAUAAGGAGUGAUAACAGGCGGGUUCUUAUUGUUUGUGCCUUAAUUUUUCUAUCUCCUAAAUGAGGCCCUGAAUGCCUAGCUGAUGUGUUCUGAGGAUGAAUGAGAGUGUGUCUGUAAACUUGGAAUACCUCAGAAAGUCACCAUAAAAAUGUCACACCUCAUUGCUUUCUCGAUAGCCAGGAGUCAUUCUUUCCCCCAGGACGUCCGUGGGACACUUGCACUGUGCCCAGGGUUGGAAUGACCGGAGGGUACUUUGAGUGGCUCCAAACACUGAAGAGGAAAUAGGACAAAAAUAUCGAGACAUCUUGGGCAGACUCCCAAGGCAUGGGUACAGUUCCGUUAAUGUUUGUAAAAGGGACUCAUCAGAGGAUAAAGGAAAUACUUUUCCACUUGAUUCAACACAAGCAUUAAGUUCAGACUCUGUCUCUUAAGUACCUAAAUAUUACCCUGUGUGCACAGAAAAAGGUAGCAUGGCCAAGGAACUCUAACUUUGGAUUCAGGAAUGAAAAUGAAUGAAUGAAUGAAUGAAUGAACGAACGAAUGAACGAAUGAAUGAAAAAGCCCUUUUAAAACCCAAGAGUUCAAGAACAGAGUGAACGAUCAAGAAGGUACCUGCUCUCAGGAGCUCCCAAGCUGGGCCCAGGUCCUACCUCUCACUUGAACUGGCUUUGUGAUCCUGAGUAAAUCACCUAAUAUCUCAGUGUCCCUA